UCCAGAGUUGCGUGUAACGCGAAUGUAUGUACGCCUACUCUCCGCAACUCAUGGACUUGUACAGCUCUAUUUCGGGUCAUUUUCACCCAGGACUUGGACUCAUGCGCACCGAAAGAUGGAAAGGAACUUAUCAGUGAUCAUUUUGUGCAGUUUGAUCGCACUUUGCGUGGCGUGUACGCCGGAAACAGAGUUAAACACUGAUCACAAGGCCUAUAAAGCUACCACAGUGAUUGAAGGAAUUAUUGAAAGGAUAAAUAACAACUCUGUGAUAGUGGAAACGAAGAAAGUCAUAAAACCAGAUCAGACACUCCAGGAAAAAAUUAUCAUCUCAGGCUUCGGAACGCAACAACCAUGUAUUAUAAAUGCAGACGAACUACUUAUAGGUGAAAAAUAUUUUUUUUUCAUUCGCCUCGAUGAAGGAAGCGCGGAAACCGGGGACAGUUAUGUUGUGGACUCGAACCCUGUAACGUCCGGAAAAGACGAACUUAGAGCGAUUCGCAAAAUUGUGUGCGAAGGUUGUGCGCAACCUCCCACUAUAAAGAAAAGAUUAAGAAAUAAAACAGUUAUUGAUGGAAACAAAUUUACAUUAAAAUGUGGUAUAGCAGGCUUUCCACAACCUGAAAUUAGUUGGACAAAAGACGGUGAAGUUUUAACGCAAGGAGUCAGAACAAAAAAGUCAAGUUCAAGAGUAAAAGUUAAAAAAGCAUUGCAGUCUAAGCACGCAGGGAAUUACACUUGUAUAGGGAACAACUGGGUUGAUCCACCGGUGUCAACGUCAGCCAUUAUCAGUGUUUGUAGUUUAGAGUGCGUCCAUGGCGAACCUAAUUUGAAAAAGUGCCGAUGCAAAUGUGAAGACAAUUGGAAAGGCGAAAAAUGCGAUAUAGAGAGAAAUAGUUGUCAUAGCAAAAAAUGCAAGCAUGGUUCCUUGAACAAAGAAAGCUGCAAGUGUAUUUGUGAUGAUGGUUAUUCUGGUGAAUUUUGUAAUGUCACAUCCAUUGCCACUACGACUGUCCUUGCAGUUACUGUUCCUCAAUGUCCGAAGGUGACAUGUGGAGCUCAUGGUGCUUUAGAUGUGCCAAAAUGCGAGUGCAAUUGCGAGUAUGGUUGGCAGGGUGAUUUAUGUGAAACAGCAACACCUCAACAUGGUAUACCCUGUGAAGUUGAAAAUUUUUGUCUCAACCAAGGGAAAUGUUAUUAUCUUCCAGAUAUUGGAGAAAAAAUAUGCCAUUGUCCAGCGCCGCAUACCGGACCAAGAUGCCAGUAUAAGGAUCCAUUCCAUGUUGAAAGAACUAGAGAAGAUGCAGAACAGUUGCAAGCGAAGCGAGUUCUUACCGUUGUCGGAAUCUUUGUUGCCUUGUUGGUUCUAAUCAUCAUCUGCAUCAUAGCAUGGUGCAAAGCCAGGACUGGGAAGAAAAAAUACCAGAAAAGGCAAAAGGAGAAGGAAAAAGAAAAGAGAAAGAAGGAAAAAGAGAAAGAAAAAUUGAUGACAUAUCCUGUAAAUAGGAUUAAUGGAGAUGUGCCCCUGAAUGAGGAUUGUUAUACACCAAUGCAGUCUAUGAAGAACGAUCCAGAUGACGUACAAGAUGAACUGGAGCGAGAAGAGGAAACUUCAUUUGUUUGUCCCCUCUCACACAAUAGCGGAAUAUCCUCCGCCUAUAAGGCAUCACCAGAUGGUUGCUAUGGAGAUGGUAGUCCACAUCACAGUCUUGGUAGUCGGCAUAGCAACAACAGUCCAUACAGCAGCCAUCGUGGCAGCCCUCAGCGCGUUCAUCAAAGCAGUCCUCGACACAAUUUUAGAAAUCACUCAUAUAGUCCAACACAUUCUCCACUUCAGGACGUUCCAUUAACGAUCGAGUCUAUCAACCCGUCGUAUGCCAAUCCGGAUCACAAUAACAUGUAUAAUCAGAGCGGUGGGGAAAAUGAUGUGAACGCACCCUUGCAUAAUGGAAUGAAUCUUGCAAUCCACGAGACUGAUUCAGAUCUAGAAGACGAAAUGCCACGCAUGCCUGUAGCUGAAACUGAGGAGGAAGAUCAAGACAGCAAUCUUGAUGAUAGCUAUAUUUAUCUAUGCCAACAACCAGAUGAGCCUGUACCUGAACAUGCCUUUAUACGACCCAUGCUAGACUCAUUUGAAGUAGGAUCCAACGACUUUUCCUUGGCUGAGGCUGAAGACGGUAGUGUUUACACCAAUGAUGGCGAUGUAACAACUAAUGCCAGCGAAUCAGAUAGUGAUUCAUCAAGUAGCGCUAGCGAUUCAUCAUCAAGUAGUGAUGAUAACACCAUUCCAAAUCUUCUUCUUGAAACGCUACAACAACCGUACAUGCCGAGCGAUAAAGAAAGUGGGGAAUAUGCUUGGGACGAUGAGGGUUUGACUGUCCUACAACAUCCUGAGGCGAAUCAACCAAGGCAUUGUUUUGCCAAUCCCCAUGCAGUAACAAAUCCGUCACCUGAACACAGACAACGACAACAACCUCAACGAACUGCCCCGAUUGCAAACCACUAUGCCAGCAACCCGCUUUACGCUCGUCCUCAACAAUCCCCAAAUCAACAUAGAAACCAGGAAAUGGUGACAGACGAAGAAUAUCUUUCUCGUUUGAAAGACAUGAUGGAAAACCAGAAAACUCUUAAAAUAUAAAAAAACAAAACAAAAACAUGAAUAGUUCUAAUACAAAAAACUUAGUAAUAUAUGUAAAUUUAAAUACAAACAAACUAUUUUCAAAAUGAAACUAUGAUGUUCCAAGAAUGUCAUCUAAUGUCUAACAAUAUAUAUUUGUCACAUGUUCACUACUUAACCAAUUUUGAUACAACCGCCAGUAUGGAAGAAAACUUUAAUUAUCUUUAACUUUGAAGAAAAAACUAAGCUCGUCUCUUCAUUGGCUGCCAGAUUUUCAAAUUCUGCCAUUUCUUUGAACUGAAAUGAUUAUUCAUAAAGCACCAUUGCUUUUUUAAGAAUUUUAAGAUAUCCCUCGCAUAUAAUUUAUUUUAUAACGAACCUAUUUGUAUAUUGAGCAAUCCACAUAAUUUUAACACAACUGUUCUUAUUGUAGAUCUAGUAUAAACUAGUUUAAACCAGAUCUAGUUAACAAGUUCAAACCAGUUUGGUUAUAUGAUAAACAUGAUUUCUCUUAUCAGUGUUAUCAACGAGGGGGUAUUCGCAAAGGCAUUCAUCCUUGCGUUACACAGUGUUACUGAAUUUGUGCCGGUCAAAAUUCAUUAGCAUCUGAAAGAAGGUUCAAUACCUUCCUUGGAAAGUAUGUUGCGUCAACGUUCCUUUAAUGAAACUUUGUUUGUGUCAUGUUACCAUGGAUUCAACCACCACAAUGAAUUUUAUGAUGUGACCAUUAGUUUGUUUUUUCCAAAAUGACAUACUUUACAUCUGUUUUUUGUAUUGUCUAAAUUAUUGUUAUAUUAAGUUUGAUACAGAUUUUUGGAUUUGUUGUUUUUUUGGGGGAGGGGGGGACUGUUAUCUGUGUACUUGUAAAUAUUUGUGUUCUUAAAAGAAAAUACUUUUUUUUACAAAGGGAUUUAUAAUGCAUUAUCUUCUCAGAAGUUCAUUUAGAAUUAGCUAGUUUGUUUUCAGUGUCCUUACUGGACUGCAUUAUUAACUUAGAUUGGGGUUCAACCUAUCAGUCUUCUUGUUGACAAGUUUUUUUUGUGUAGCCUCAUUAGGCUCCAGAACUAGUAUUAUGCAUAUUCUUAAAUUCAUGGUGCCAGCCUCAUGCAUAUUCAUGAGUUCAUAUUAAUCUUAUGCAUAUUCAUGAGUGAAAGAUCAGUAUUAUUUGUAGUCAUGAGUUCAUGCCAGUCUUGUACAUAUUUCUUUCUGUGUCUGUAUUUUAGCUUUAUGCGCCAUUGUGAACCUGAAAUGUUUUCAAAAAAAAUUAGCUUGGUUGGGCUUAGCUCAUCAAGAUCACAUUCUAUACAACUGCUAGUCAGGUAACAGUUUAGUAUGAA